AUGGCCCAUCCAGGCAGGGCAGCAUUCGCCGCACUCAGCCUGCCCAGCCGCGCCCACUUCCUCAGCGCCCUCCUCCCCAGCCUCAACCUCAACGAACUCACCAGCCUCUCCGCACGCAUCCUCCCCCGCCUCAAGCGCGACUUCCUCCGCGAACUGCCCAUCGAGAUCUCCCUGCACAUCCUCAGCUUCGUCGACGACCCCAAGACACUCAUGCGCGCAGGCAUGGUCAGCCGCUUCUGGCGCUCGCUCGUCAGCGACGAGGCCACCUGGAAGGGCAUGUGCUCCAGGCGCGGUUUCAGCAACAGCGCCGCCCAGCCAGCCAGCCUCGCCGAGCGCAUGGAGAAGGAGCGCAAGGGCAGGGUGGCCACCUACCGCGCCGGCUCGACCAGCUGCUGCAUCCCCGACCAUCCCGACUCGGCCCUCUGGACACCCGCCAGCCUCGCCCAGAACGAGCUCCCCCUGUCCGCCAGCUCGUUCUACGACGACUUCGACUACUCCCCCCGCACCCCCUUCUCCUACAAGUCCUACUUCAAGCGCGCCUACCUCACCGAAUCCAACUGGCUCCGCGGCCCAGGCGAGCUGGUCGCCAUGCAGACCUCGCAGAACAACGACGGCCACGAGGGCGUCGUGACCUCGCUGGGCUUCGACGACGACUGGAUCGUCGUCGGCAUGGCCACCAGCAAGAUCCACGUCUUCAACGCCCACACCGGCGAGUUCGCCCGCACCCUCACCGGCCACGAACUCGGCGUCUGGUGUCUCGCGCUCGUCAGCAAAGGGGGGAUCCGCGACCCCCGCGACCCUCUGCCCGAAGACAUCAAGGGCAAGAGGGCCGAGUCGCACGUUGAACGAGAAGAGCAGCACUACUCUGCCUCCUACCCUCAACCCGAAUCGACCCAUGGACUCUUUACGACUCCAGAAGAAGGAGAAGAAGAAGAACACCAGUCGCCCUCAUCAUCCGCCAAUCUUCCCACCACCGAGUGGGUUUCUUCGGCCUACCACCCUUCGAGCUAUGCGACCAACAUGAUGCGGGGCCACGGCGGCCUGGGCAUGAACUCGUGGACCCGCGACCGACACGGGAGCCAAGACACCACCGUCCGGGGCUACACGCUUCCCGCGACCGACAUGAGCUCGAUCUUCCAGCCGGCCUCCGCCAACAUGGCGCACGACGAGCCGGCCGCCCCGGUGCCCAUGGCGGCCACCCAGGAAUGGCCCGGCACACACGAGCCCCAGCAGCCCCUCGCCGCCCAAGCUAGUGCCUGUGGGAUCGCCCGCGGGUGGGGACAGAAGGCCAGCUUGGUCGUCAGUGGCGGGUGCGAUCGAGACGUGCGGGUAUGGGACGUGAUGACCGGACGAUGCAAGUACGUGUUGCACGGCCACAGCUCGACGAUCCGCUGUCUGAAGGUGCUCGACGGCCGGCCGCUCGCCGUGUCCGGCUCGCGCGACUCGUCCUUGCGCGUCUGGGACAUCGAGCGCGGGGAGCAGAAGCACGUGCUGGUCGGCCACACUUCCAGUGUCCGGGCGAUCGAGGUGCAUGGGAACCGGGCCGUCAGCGGCAGCUACGACACCACCUGUCGGCUGUGGGACGUCGACUCGGGCGAGUGUCUGAAAGUCUUGCGGGGCCAUUACCACCAGAUCUAUGCGGUGGCCUUCGACGGGAUCCGGAUCGCAUCGGGCUCGAUGGACUCGACGGUCUGUAUAUGGUCGGCGAGCACGGGCGAGCUGAUGGCCCUGCUCCAGGGCCACACCGCCCUCGUCGGCCAGGUCCAGAUCAACGGCCAGUCCAACGUCCUCGUCACCGGCGGCUCCGACGGCCGCGUCGUCAUCUUCUCGCUCGACUCCUUCGAGUGUCUCCAUCGUCUCUGCGCACACGAUAACUCGGUCACCUGUCUCCAGUUCGACGACCGCUUCGUCGUCACCGGCGGCAACGACGGCCGCGUCAAGCUCUGGGACUUCAAGACCGGCAGCUUUAUCCGCGAGUUGGCCGAGCCUUGUGAGGCCGUCUGGCGCAUCACCCUGCGCGACGACAAGGCCGUGCUGUUCUGCAAGCGCGACGGAAAGACCGUCAUGGAAGUCAUCUCCUUCCGCCCCUCCCUCGACUAG